GUACCAAGAAGGACAGGAGAACAGUCACUGUGAAUUGUGUCCCUCGUUGAACCUACUUGACAAGACUCCUACUGCGCACCGGAGUAUUCCUCCUCCGAAUGUCUACGGUGUCCACGUCUUAUCUUUACCACCUUAAGCAUCGAACACUUUACGAAUACCAUCUGCCAGGGCUGACUUGGCAAACAGGAAUAUGUUGGGAUAUGUUUCAGAGGGUCCAACAUGUUCGGUUACCUCCUCUGGUGGUGCAACUGACUGGUAGGUGAAGUACUGUCUCAAAGCUAUCUACCCCACAUCUCCAGAAGAAUGAGUGGUCUCCGCAGAGUUCUCAGAAGGCGAUUACACCCCUUAAAACUAGUGAUAGUGGCCCUUAUUUUUGUCACAUUUCUCUUCCUAAUACAACGUGAGGUAGUAAGCCAAAGUCCCUCCCUAGAAGAGCCCUGGCUGAAGGAGAUGGCUGUCAAACGGGAUGCCAUGCUGGGCAUGGUGAUGGGUGCUGUCAAUAACUUUAGGGACGCCAUGCCAAAAAUGCAGAUCAAAGCCCCAGUGCGUCAGCAUGACAAUGCAGGGGACUUCUCCUGUUUGCCAGGGACCUACACGGCUGCUGAGCUGAGGCCAGCCCUGGAGCGUCCACCUCAGGACCCCAACAGCCCCGGGGCCUCUGGGAAGCCCUUUCACACAGAGAAACUGAGCCCUGCUGAACAGAAGGAGAAGGACCGGGGAGAGGAGAAACACUGUUUUAACCUCUACGCCAGUGACCGCAUUUCUCUCAGCCGUGACCUGGGUCCUGAUACCAGACCACCAGAAUGUAUCGAGCAAACGUUCAAGCGCUGUCCCCCUUUGCUGACCACCAGCGUGAUCAUUGUGUUUCACAAUGAAGGCUGGACUACUCUGCUGAGGACGGUGUACAGCGUCCUCCACACCUCCCCUGCCAUCUUCCUCAAGGAGAUCAUCCUGGUGGACGAUGCCAGUGUGGACGAUGCCUUGAAAGAGGAGUUGGAUGAAUAUUUGAAGCGGCUGCACAUCGUGCAUGUGGUGCGGCAGCGGGAGAGAAAGGGCCUGAUCACCGCUCGGCUACUGGGAGCCUCGGUGGCCACUGGAGACAUCCUCACCUUCCUCGACGCUCACUGUGAAUGCUUCAGUGGCUGGCUUGAGCCUCUACUGGCCAGGAUAGCAGAGAACUACACUGCAGUAGUGAGUCCUGACAUCACUACCAUUGACCUCAACACUUUUGAGUUUAUGAAGCCCUCGCCGUACGGGCAGAACCACAACCGUGGUAACUUCGACUGGGGCCUGUCCUUCGGCUGGGAGAGUCUACCGGACCACGAGAAACAACGGAGGAAGGAUGAGACCUAUCCUAUUAAGACACCGACUUUUGCUGGGGGACUCUUCUCUAUCUCCAAGGACUACUUCUAUCUCAUCGGAAGCUAUGAUGAACAAAUGGAAAUCUGGGGCGGCGAGAAUAUUGAAAUGUCUUUCAGAGUGUGGCAGUGUGGCGGUCAGCUCGAAAUCAUCCCUUGCUCCAUCGUGGGUCACGUGUUCCGCACCAAGAGCCCCCACACCUUCCCCAAGGGCACCCAGGUGAUCGCACGCAACCAGGUGCGGCUGGCCGAGGUCUGGAUGGACGACUACAAGGAAAUCUUCUACCGGCGCAACCAGCAAGCCGCCCAGUUGGCCAAAGACAGGGCCUUCGGAGAUGUCGGGCGUCGUGUGGACCUCCGGGAGCGGCUGCAGUGCAAGAGCUUCUCCUGGUAUUUGAAAAAUGUGUAUCCAGAGGUCUUCAUGCCUGAUCUCAACCCGCUCCACUUUGGCUCGGUGAAAAAUGUAGGUAAAGACUCGUGUCUGGAUGCAGGGGAGAACAACGAGGGAGGGAAACCGCUGAUCUUGUAUCCAUGCCACGGCCUUGGAGGAAACCAGUAUUUUGAGUACUCGACCCAUCAUGAGAUCCGGCACAACAUUCAGAAGGAGUUGUGUUUGCAUGGGACGGAUGGAGCCGUGAAGCUGGAAGACUGCCAGUAUAAAGGCCGCAAUACGUUUGUAGGAGCAGAACAGAAGUGGGAGUUAAGGGAGAACCAGUUAUUCUACAUCCCAGGAUGGAACCUGUGUCUGAGUGCUCGUCAUGAGCACCCCUCGUUGGUGGCCUGUAACCCCUCAGACAGAUACCAGCUGUGGCUCUACGUCUGACUACAGGACACACAUGGUGGACGAUGUGUGCCUUGGUAUCCUAGGACCAUUAGAACAAGUAGCAAUUGGCGUACAUUUUUGUUACGUUUUAUUAUCGAAGUUGAAUUUGUAUUUAUUUUUAUACGUAGAAGAACUGCUGCUGGAAAGUUUGCGAUUUGAGGAGAACGUGACCUCAGGAAGGAAGCGUUCAAACUGAUACUAAAUACUGUUUGUUUUACUCCUUUUAAAAAAAAUCAUGAUUUGUGUAAAGGAAUUGUUUUUCUUGUCUUACACGCCAAAUGCUCUCUGUAGAUUGACGGAGGUAGCUAGGACUGUGGAAAGACUUUGGAUGGAUACUGAAUGAAGAGAGAUUUCUUUGAAGAAUACGUUUUUUUUAUAGUGUGUACUUCGGCGGGAAAUCAACAUUACAUUUUAUUUAAUUACCAAGGUUUAUUCUUUAUUGCCCACACUGAAUAAUGUAUUAAUAUAAAUGUGAAAACCAACAAUGGACUGUCAAAUAAUGCAGUAGUGCACUUGCCUCUUGCACAAACUGAAUAACUUCGAUGUUAAACACCAAAGACUAAUCAAGGUUUUUUUUUAUUUUCUAUUAAAGACAUGCUCCAGAACAA